CUUCCCGUUCUGCUUGAUCGCCUCCGCAAAAAACCACCGUCUCUACUGGCAUCAUGGCCAUCGCCGCAACCGUUUCUGCCCCUAUCACAUCUUCAAAUCUCCGAUCACAUUCUAUCACUCGUCCGUCCUCUUUUUCUCUCAUCAAUCCAUUCAAAUCCUCUUCUUUCACCAAAUUGACGACUACUUCUCUUAUCCGAAACCCUAAGUUCGGAUUCUCUGUCUCGGCAAUGAGUGUUGCAGCUCAGGAAAAUCUCUCUCAGACGGCGUUCCUCGAUCGGAGAGAAAGCGGAGUUCUUCAUUUUGUCAAGUAUCAUGGCCUCGGUAACGACUUUAUCAUGGUUAACAAUCUUGAUUCGAUGGAGCCCAAAGUUACUCCAGAGCAAGCUGUAAAGUUAUGUGAUAGGAACUUUGGCAUUGGAGGGGAUGGAAUAAUCUUUGCUAUGCCUGGAUCAAAUGGGACUGAUUAUACCAUGAGAAUUUUUAAUUCUGAUGGUAGUGAGCCUGAGAUGUGCGGUAAUGGAGUUCGUUGCCUUGCAAAAUUUAUUGCAGAUCUCAAUAACUCACAUGGAAGGCAAAGUUUUACUGUACAUACUGGUGCUGGCCUCAUUGUACCCGAGAUACAAGAUGAUGGGAAGGUUAAAGUUGACAUGGGUGAGCCUGUCCUGAAGGCCUCAGAUGUUCCCACUAAAAUACCAGCAAAUAAAGAUCAAUCUGUUGUGAAAGCAAAAAUUGAAGUAGAUGGAGUGAACUGGAAUGUCACGUGCGUCAGCAUGGGAAAUCCUCACUGCAUCACUUUUGGUAGAGAAGGAGGCGAGAACUUGGUGGUUGAUGAAUUGAAUUUGGCUGACAUUGGUCCGAAAUUUGAACGUCAUGCGCUGUUCCCUGCCCGAACUAACACAGAAUUUGUGCAAGUGUUCUCUCGCUCACAUCUAAAAAUGCGUGUUUGGGAGCGUGGUGCUGGAGCAACGUUGGCUUGUGGAACUGGAGCAUGCGCGGUAGCUGUUGCAGCAAUCCUCGAGGGUCGUUCUGAGAGGAACUGUACGGUUGAUUUACCUGGAGGGCCGUUGGUGAUAGAAUGGAGGGAGGACGACAACCAUGUGUACAUGACGGGCCCUGCUGAAGUAGUGUUUUAUGGAUCUGUUCACCUCUAGGAUUCUUAACGAUUGCAGGAUGAAUCAAAGAUUUGUGAGAAAAAGAAUCAGUUGAUCAUCUGUCACCUGUAAAAUUCUAAAUUUUAUCCGGUAAACCUAAUUUGCUGUAUGCCUGUAUUGCAACAUUAUUUUGAUGGACAAAGGUUCGUGUGAGAAUUGAGGUUAAGUUGAGAAGCUUAAAAAC